AUGUACCUUUUUGACGAGUCGGAUUACCUAUUUAUAGCGAAGGAGGAAAAGGUAACGAGUUCUUCCCGUAUCGACCCUGUCAUGCCAUCUUAUCGCAUUUAUGGCAUUAUGCUCGAAGGUACGACUAGUUGUACUUUGUAUGCUGUUACACAACUGUCAUAUGGUUGUGCCAGGAUCCGUCAGCCACACAUCCUCGUACAGACUGUAUUCUCAUGGUUUCGAUGUACUAUUGCUACUGUUUCGACGUCACUUUGUACUUUCUCGUUGGUCUUUCUUUUCCUUUCGAGUCUUCGUGCCAGUUCAGUAUAUAGGUGGGCAACUUCGAGACAUAUUGGGCAGCUUCAUGCUUUCGAUUUUCUAGAGACUGUUCUGGAUUAUUAUGGUCUGCACAUCGCCCAAAUAAACCCUAACGGGUUUCUGAAGAUCCUUUGCUUCACCCUGUUAUGCGUCGCUUUGGGUGUGUCGCCGACCAUCAACCUAUCUCGCCAUUUUUACAUUCCGAUAUCCAACGGGGAUUGGGGUUCUUUAUCUCUUCGCCAUGGUUUGGUGGAAAUUUGUGACGGUCUUCCAACCUCCAUAAAGUGUUGGAAGGAGGAGUUAUUUUUCGUUCACGCCUCUGCUUUCUCAGGCCCUAUGGCGUACGGUGCUACCUCUGACAGGGCCGCUGACCCCGUCCCCAAGCUAUCGUCCUACGAGCAACUGAUAUCGGAGAGGUUAUCAGACAAUUUUGUUCGAUGGGUGGAUCCCGACGAAGUGAUGCUGGGUAUGGCUGGCAUGAGUCCCCAUUGGAAGCAUUUGGUUAAGAAGUUGGUGGAGAUGUUAGAGGGGAAAGACGUAACCCUUCUUGAUCGACUUCAUCGGAGACGGAUUGCGAACUCCGCCUUAGUGACGGAUGAGGUGAUAGUGCCGAAUUCCCCGAAUAGGUCAGAGUCUAGCAUGGACUUUGCCCUAGACAUUUCUCGAGCAGAGGGUUCUAGACCUAUUCCUCCUACCCUUCGUUCGAAGAGAUAG